GGCAGGGCGGUCACACCCUCAGGGCCCAGUUCAGGAGGGGCAGUGGCUCCGACGUGGGGAAACACGCCGCAAGAGCCCGCCUGAGGCGACCUGGGGCCCUGAAGUCCUGGGUCCUACCGGCCCACGGUUGAGCCGUUGCUAAGUGACGCCAGCGCGCAGAGCGCGUGCGCGGCCACGGCGCUGUGCGUGAAAGCGGGCGCGCGCCGCGACGGCGGCGGCGAGGAAGGCGGCGACGGCGGCGGUCGAGGGGGCGGUGGCCACGAGGCGGGGUCGCUGCUGGCGGAAGAGACGUGUGUGGCGGCGUCUAGGUCGCCGAGGAACAUCGUCGGGGUCAGUGACUAUCAUCUGUCCCACAGGAUGAGUAACAGCCACCCUCUUCGCCCCUUUACUGCAGUGGGGGAAAUUGAUCAUGUGCACAUUUUGUCUGAGCAUAUUGGUGCCUUGUUGAUUGGUGAAGAAUAUGGUGAUGUCACGUUUGUUGUGGAAAAGAAGCGUUUUCCUGCCCACAGGGUAAUUUUAGCAGCGAGGUGCCAAUAUUUUCGAGCAUUACUGUAUGGCGGGAUGCGAGAGUCGCAGCCUGAAGCAGAGAUCCCUCUCCAAGACACCACAGCCGAGGCCUUCACGAUGCUCCUCAGAUACAUCUACACGGGGCGGGCGACGCUCACCGAUGAGAAGGAGGAGGUGCUCUUGGACUUCCUGAGCCUGGCUCACAAAUACGGAUUUCCAGAGCUGGAGGACUCGACCUCCGAGUAUCUCUGCACCAUACUGAACAUUCAGAAUGUCUGUAUGACUUUUGACGUUGCCAGUCUCUACUCGCUUCCCAAGUUAACUUGUAUGUGCUGCAUGUUCAUGGACAGAAAUGCUCAGGAGGUGCUGGCCAGCGACGGCUUCCUCUCCCUGUCCAAGACAGCACUCCUGAAUAUCGUCUUAAGAGAUUCGUUUGCUGCUCCUGAGAAAGAUAUUUUCUUAGCCUUGUUAAACUGGUGUAAGCACAAUGCAAAAGAGAAUCAUGCUGAAAUCAUGCAGGCUGUGCGCUUACCUCUAAUGAGCCUCACGGAGCUUCUGAACGUUGUGAGGCCAUCAGGACUCUUGUCCCCGGAUGCUAUUCUCGAUGCCAUCAAAGUGCGGUCGGAGAGCCGGGAUAUGGACCUCAACUACAGAGGCAUGCUCAUACCUGAAGAAAACAUUGCAACUAUGAAGUAUGGGGCCCAGGUUGUGAAAGGAGAGCUGAAGUCAGCCUUGCUGGAUGGUGACACUCAAAACUAUGACUUGGAUCAUGGAUUUUCCCGGCAUCCCAUUGAUGAUGACUGCCGCUCUGGCAUUGAGAUCAAGCUUGGCCAGCCAUCCAUUAUAAACCACAUACGUCUACUCCUGUGGGACCGUGAUAGCCGGUCUUAUUCCUACUUUAUUGAAGUGUCCAUGGAUGAACUUGAUUGGAUCAGAGUGAUCGAUCAUUCGCAUUACCUGUGUCGGUCUUGGCAAAAGUUGUAUUUCCCAGCCCGUGUCUGCAGGUAUAUCCGAAUAGUUGGGACUCACAACACAGUGAACAAGAUUUUCCACAUUGUGGCUUUUGAAUGCAUGUUUACAAACAAAGCCUUCACCCUGGAGAAGGGCCUGAUAGUUCCCAUGGAGAAUGUGGCAACGAUUGCUGAUUGUGCCAGUGUGAUUGAAGGAGUCAGUCGGAGCCGGAAUGCCUUGCUGAAUGGGGACACUAAGAAUUAUGACUGGGACUCUGGCUACACGUGCCACCAGCUGGGCAGUGGUGCCAUCGUGGUUCAGCUGGCACAGCCAUACAUGAUUGGCUCAAUACGGUUAUUACUCUGGGACUGCGAUGAUCGAAGCUACAGCUACUAUGUUGAGGUUUCCACCAAUCAGCAGCAGUGGACCAUGGUGGCUGACAGAACGAAAGUGUCCUGCAAGUCCUGGCAGUCAGUCACCUUUGAAAGACAGCCUGCGUCCUUCAUCCGAAUCGUCGGCACACACAACACAGCAAAUGAGGUGUUCCACUGUGUCCAUUUUGAGUGUCCGGAGCAGCAGAACAACCAGAAGGAGGACAGCAGUGAGGAGCCAGGGACAGGGGACCUCAGCACCCCCAGUCAGCAGCUCGACCCUCAUGCACCUCGGGCACCCAGCGCCAGCUCACUACCACCGAGUCCGGGCCCCAACUCACGCUCACCCAACCAACAGAACCAAUAAAGCAGGCAGAGGAUAUAGUGUGACUCGGGUGGGCCUGGAUGGAGCUGUGUCCUCCCCUGUCCCUGGGAGGAACAGGCCUGGCUGCAGAACUCACCCCAACCAGGUUUUUUCCAUCCGGGGACAGAAGGGUGCCUGUGUUCCCCCCACUCCUCAGGCAGUCUCUGGGGGGAGGAAGUGGGUCUCGAUUCUUCAAGCCUACCAUCUAUCCCUACCUCUAAUCUAACCCAGGUACCAGUGCUGAAGCAAUCUACAGACAGGCCCAAGCUGGCAUGAAUUAA